CCACCACUCGCCCCCCUCGCCUCCUCUGCGCCUCGGGCGCGCCCUCUCGCCUCAUGCUGCCGUCACCUCGGCUGCGCUCCGCCUUUGGGCGUCUGCUGCCUUCCGCGCGCCUCACCUCCUUCGACCCCGCCAUCCCGCAAGUCUACACCGCCGCCGCCGCCGCGCAGACACGCGGCGACUUUGGCCUCAAGCGGCCGCUCGCCGCGGGCCAGACGCCGGGCAGCGUGCGCUACGUGGCCGUCGCGGACCUCGACUCCGACGCAGGCGCCACGACGUGGCACGAAGAGGAGCAGCGCGUCCUGCUGCGCUCCUCCUGGCUCGAGAGCGGCGCGCGGCUGCGGCGCACGGGCGGCAGUGCCGCGCUGAGCAAGGUGCCCGUGCCCGUCUGUCUCGCCGACUUUCGCCCACAGCACGUGCUGCCCAGUGCCUACUCGGCAGAGAAGAUGCCGCACCUCUCGGCGGCCGAGCGCGAGAAGCUCAUCGCCGAUGCGCGCCUCUCCAAGGCGGCGCCGAUGCCGCCUCGCCCCGGCGCCAGCAGCGCCGGACGCGGCAGCGGCAGUGCCGCUCGCGGCGGCGCGGCGCUGCUGCACUCGACGCGCCUCGACAUGCGCGACGACUUCUGCGCCAUGUCGCCCGCCACGUUUGAGCGCUUCCUGGGCAAGGUGCGCGCUCAGCGCAAGGCGUGGAAGGACGCGUUGAAGGCCGACCUCGUGCGCAGUUCGAGGGAGCUGGCCCUGAAGCAAUACAACCAGAUGCUGCGGCAGCGGCGCAGAGAUGCAGAGGAGCAGCGCAGCAAGGCGGCGUCUUCGGCAUCUUCGUCUUUCAUCGGCGGCAGCGCUCUCUCCUCCUCCUCUCCCUCGGCUUCGUCGUCCGGCCUCAACUCCCUCUUCUCGCCUGCGCCUGCUGCGCCGAGCGCUGCGUCGACGAGCGAGGCAGCGCAGCAGCAGCAGCAGGAGAUCACCCUCGACCACAUUCCCAUGAAGGACAUCUCCGAGUUGACCGCCGACACGUGGGACAGCUCGCGCAGCUCGGAACAGAAGGAUCAGAACGAGGCGUGGUUCGACUGGCUUCAGUCUCGCGCGCAGACCCGAGCUGCCUCGCCCAACUCUCGGCGUCUGCUGCCUCUCGGCGCCAGCGGUGCCGCCAGCCUGCACGCCGGAGCCUCGGCGGCUGCGGCGCCGCUGCAUCCCUUCGGCGGCCUGCAGUACGGCAGCAACGAUGUGAUCCAAGGUGCUCUGCUCGCUCCUGCACAGCCCGGCUUCGUCGUGUGCCGAUCGGAGUACAUCGAGGAGACGCACAUCGCCACCGCCAUCAACGAUCGUCCGUACAGCGCCGCGGCUCGCGACGGCAAGAACAAGAACAACGGCUACCUCGUCUCGCUGGCCGGUCGCAUGGCGCAGACGCGCAACUCGUACGUCGGCAGUACGUCGCGUCCGAUUGAGUGGAGUUCGGAUGCGGCACGCGCCGAGGUGCAGGUCAAGGUCACCGGCGAGGCCACGUACGGCGCCAUUGGCCGUUCCGCUCGCGCAAGGCUCGCGGCCGCCGGCGGCUCUUCGUCGGCGCUGAGCGGCACGGCAAAGUUCAGCGUGCUGCCUCCCGAGCUCGGCGCCAUUCACGCCACGGUGCUCCCCACCUCGCAGCUCGCCGCCUCUGCCUCCGACACGCCCGGCUCGGCGGCGUGGGUGGGCGCGCGCGAUGCCCGUCGCAAGGAGCACACGGGCAUGGCACAUGACUUUGCCGCGCUCUCGCAGCCGAAUAUCUACAGCGCUGUGGAGAAGCGCAACCAGCUGGGCCGCGCCAGGAGAAAGGCGGCACUGGCGAACAAUGGAGGAAAGCCGGCGAUGGCGCAGGGACAGAAGUGGCAGCAGACGCUGAGUCGACUGUCGAACUUGAAGGGCUGA